AUGGUCGAAUUGCGAACCGUGGGGGCCGCAUUCCCGAGCCUGGUCGAAUUACAAAAUGUGAGGGCCGCAGUCCCGAGCAUGGUUGAAUUGCGAACCGUGAGGACCGCAGUCCCGAGCCUGGUCGAAUUACAAAAUGUGAGGGCCGCAGUCCCGAGCAUGGUCGAAUUGCGAAACGCGUGGGCCGCAGUCCCUAGCCUGGUCGAAUUACAAAAUGUGAGGGCCGCAGUCCCGAGCCUGGUCGAAUUGCGAAACGCGAGGGCCGCAGUCCCGAGCCUGGUCGAAUUACAAAAUGUGAGGGCCGCAGUCCCGAGCCUGGUCGAAUUACAAAAUGUGAGGGCCGCAGUCCCGAGCAUGCUCGAAUUGCGAAACGCGAGGGCCGCAAUCCCGAGCCUGGUCGAAUUACAAAAUGUGAGGGCCGCAGUCCCGAGCAUGGUCGAAUUGCGAAACGUGAGGGCCGCAGUCCCGAACCCAGUCGAAUUGCAAAAUGUGAGGGCCGCAGUCCCGAGCCUGGUCGAAUUACAAAAUGUGAGGGCCGCAGUCCCGAGCAUGGUCGAAUUGCGAAACGCGAGGGCCGCAAUCCCGAGCCUGGUCGAAUUACAAAAUGUGAGGGCCGCAGUCCCGAGCAUGGUCGAAUUGCGAAACGCGAGGGCCGCAAUCCCGAGCCUGGUCGAAUUACAAAAUGUGAGGGCCGCAGUCCCGAGCAUGGUCGAAUUGCGGAACGUGAGGGCCGCAGUUCCGAACCCAGUCGAAUUGCGAAACGCGAGGGCCGCAAUCCCGAGCCUGGUCGAAUUACAAAAUGUGAGGGCCGCAGUCCCGAGCAUGGUCGAAAUGCGAACCGUGAGGGCCGCAGUCCCGAACCCAGUCGAAUUGCAAAAUGUGAGGGCCGCAGUCCCGAGCCUGGUCGAAUUACAAAAUGUGAGGGCCGCAGUCCCGAGCAUGGUCGAAUUGCGAAACGCGAGGGCCGCAAUCCCGAGCCUGGUCGAAUUACAAAAUGUGAGGGCCGCAGUCCCGAGCAUGGUCGAAUUGCGAAACGCGAGGGCCGCAGUCCCGAGCAUGGUCGAAUUGCGAAACGCGAGGGCCGCAAUCCCGAGCCUGGUCGAAUUACAAAAUGUGAGGGCCGCAGUCCCGAGCAUGGUCGAAUUGCGGAACGUGAUGGCCGCAGUUCCGAACCCAGUCGAAUUGCGAAACGCGAGGGCCGCAAUCCCGAGCCUGGUCGAAUUACAAAAUGUGAGGGCCGCAGUCCCGAGCAUGGUCGAAAUGCGAACCGUGAGGGCCGCAGUCCCGAACCCAGUCGAAUUGCAAAAUGUGAGGGCCGCAGUCCCGAGCCUGGUCGAAUUGCGAAACGCGAGGGCCGCAAUCCUGAGCCUGGUCGAAUUACAAAAUGUGAGGGCCGCAGUCCCGAGCAUGGUCGAAAUGCGAACCGUGAGGGCCGCAGUCCCGAACCCAGUCGAAUUGCAAAAUGUGAGGGCCGCAGUCCCGAGCCCGGUGGAAUUGCGAACCGCGAGGGCCGCAGUCCCGAGCCGGUCGAAUUGCGAACCGUGA